GUGGGCGUGGCGGGGUGUGGCGUGGCCGUGUGUGGGCGUGGGCGCCGCCUGCUCCUCACCAUGGCCGUCAACGUCCUCAUGCCCCUCCUCAUCCCCCUCGGCGAGCAGAUCACAAAUGUGACACAUCUCGGUGGGCGCGGCGGCCUCACCUUCGCCCACCCUUUGAUGGAGGUUUUCGUGAAGGAGAACACGGCGCCGGUCCUCCUCCUCACCCUCCACGCCUCCUCCAACACGACAGCACCCGGCGAUGUGAUGUACAGCGUGGUGAGCGGGUCGGUGGGGGGCCUGUUCCACGCGCACCCCCACACCGGCCACCUCACCCUCACGUCGCCACUGGACUACGAGGCGCACAGACAGUACGAGCUCGUGGUGGGCGGGCAGGCCGGGGAGGAGCGGACCUUCGCGCGGGUGCUGGUGAGUGUCAAGGACGAGAACGACCAGCCGCCAGCCUUCCCGCGGCCCGUGUUCGAGACCCAGAUCACCGAGGAGGACGACAGACACCUGCCCAAGGCCAUACUACAGGUCGUGGCCGAGGACGGGGACAGCAGCGACACGGGCCGGCUUCUCUACUCCCUGUCCACCGACGACGAGCAGGCGCCCAUCAACUCCACCUUCUCCAUCAGCCGCUCGUCGGGACACAUCCACCUCCUCAGGCCCCUGGAUCGGGACGCGCCGCUGGGGAGGGCUCGGUGGCGGCUCUGGGUGGGCGCCACGGACGGCCUGCACAGCGCCCGAGCCCAGGUCCACGUCAACGUCAAGGACAUCAACGACAACGCGCCAUUCUUUCCCCAUGACGUGAUCGAGGCCUCGGUGCUGGAAAACUCUGACGCAGGGACGGAGGUGGCACAGGUGGCUGCCACUGACCUGGACGACCCCGAGGAAGGUGCCAACGCCGCCGUCGUCUACUCAGUGGACAAAAACGUGAUCGACGAACAGUCAGGGCGACCCAUCUUCUCUAUCGACGGGGUCACGGGCACGAUUCGAACGUCCCUGUGUUGCCUCGACAGGGAACAGACGCCCUCCUUCGUCAUCCAGGUGGUGGCCUCGGACGGCGGCGGCCUCAAAGGCACAGGCACGGUGGUGGUGUCGCUAGGGGAUGAGAACGACGUGUCCCCUCGGUUCGCCCGGCGGGAGUGGGUGGUGACGGUCAAAGAGUCGGUGACGCCCAACACCACCCUCGCCCUCCUCCCCGUGCGCGACCCCGACACCACUAACGACUUCGUCUUCCGGGUGGUAGCGGGCAGCGGGUACGGGUGGGAGAGGUUUGCCGUGGCAGCGGGGCGGAACCAUAGCGGCGCCCUGCAAGCACUCAACCCGCUGGACUACGAGGACCCCAGCCAGCGACGAGGCUUCAAGUUCAAGAUUCAAGUCUCCGAUCAGGGAGCGGCAGGCUGGCAGGAGGGACGGCAUGUGGACUCAGCCUGGGUUCGAGUCCUACUGCUGGACGACAACGACAACGCCCCACGCUUCGCCACCAGCCUCGUCAACCUCACCCUGCAGGAGGACACGCCGCUCGGCCACUCCCUCGCCUCCUUCACCGCCUCCGACAUCGACCAGGACGGAGAAGGGGAGAUCCACUACGCCAUAGACCCCGCCAGUGACCCCGGCAGGCAGUUUGCCGUGGAUGGGGGCGGUCGGGUGUGGUUGCGGCGGCUGCUUGACCGCGAGACGGCAGCCAGCCACAAGGUGCGGGUGUGGGCGGUGGACGGAGGAACGCCUGCCCGCACGGCCACGGCCACGCUGCUGCUGCCGGUGCAGGAUGUGAACGAUAACCCUCCACACGUGGCCGGACCCUCUGUGCUACACGUCCCUGAGAACAGCUGGCCGAGGCACGUGGCAAACGUCACGCUGGGGGACGCCGACGAUUGGACCCUCGGCCACGGCCCGCCCUUCAGCGUGGUCUUGGACACCUCCACGACCGACAACAUCAGGGAAGACUUCGCUGUGGACUUCGAUAGCAGAGGGGACGAGGGACGCGGCGUGGCCGUGGUGACGUCGCUGAGGCCGUUGGACCGUGAGGCCUCGCCGACACGCCUCCUGCCGCUGGUGGUGGGCGACGCGCGGGGCCUCACCGCCACCACCACCGUCACCGUCACCAUCACCGACGUCAACGACAACCCCAUGCUCCCCGGGGUCAAGAUUGUCUCCGUCACCCGCAUCGCAGGCCAGGUGGAGGGCGUGCCGCUGGGCCGCGUGUACGUGGAGGACCCCGACGACUGGGACGCCGGGUACAAGACGUGGGAGUGGCGCCGCCGCGUCCCCCACCCGCUCUUCACCCUCGACCCCCGCGACGGCCACCUCGCCCUCGCCCCCCACGCUAGCGACGGAUCGUACUUCCUCCAGUUCUGGGUGAGCGAUGCCACGCACGGCCAGAGGGAGGUGCCCGCCAACGUCACCGUGUACGUCACCAGCCUCAGCGAAGACGUGAUGCCCUGGGCCGUCCCCGUCACCCUAGCCUCGCUUUCCCCAGAGCAGCUCCUGUCCCGGCACCAGAGCGGCUCCAUGACCCUGCUGGAGACCUUGGUGGCGGCAGUGGAGUCUCUGGCCGAGUCUAAGGUGGUUGUGGUGAGCCUCGAGGGGCAGCACAGCGCCAGCCUUCCCUCCCCUCGCGCCUCCAAGGUGUGGCUCGCCGCACGGCCUCGCCAGCCCCUUGACCAGCUGCUCCUUCUCAACCGCCGACAGAUCAGCGCAGAAAGCGGGGUCAUGGUGACGGAGGUCGGCGUGGGGGUGUGCCUGGCCAGGGCCGGCGCCUCGGGGGUGUGGGUGGUGGAUGCCAACAGAACGGCCCUCGUCACCCCUCGCUUCGUCACCGUGGCCAGCGGCUGCAGCUGCCGCUCACGCCAGCCUCAGAUCCUGCAGCAGCACCAGCAACAGCCUCGGGAGGAGGAGCAAUUCGCCAGUGUGGAGGGUCACCAGCCCAGCGUGGCCGCCGUGACGCGCCCCACCUCCUGCCAGCCUAGUCCCUGCCUCAACAACGGCCGCUGCAUUGCCGAGCCGCGCGGCCCCAGGUGUGUGUGUCCUCAAGGCACCAGUGGCUCUAUCUGCAAGCAACUCAGUCGUCGCUUCGAGGGGGACGGGUGGGCAUGGUCGUCCCCGGUGCCCAGCUGCCCGCGGGUCCACAUCAUCCUCGAGUUCCGAGCCCGCUGCUCCGAGUGCCUCCUGCUGUACGCCGGCCCCGCGCCCACCUCGGCCCCUUCACCUCAGUUCGUCCAGGAGGACGUGUUCAGCGUGGAGCUGCGUGACGGGCAGCCUCGAAUCAUGCUGGACCUGGGCACCAGCCCGGUCCUGCUCACAACCGCCACCAUGGCCGCCGCCUCCCCCUCCCUGGCAGACGGCCGCUGGCACCGCCUCGACAUUAUGUGGGGCAACGAGAGAGCCGAGAUGGUGGUGGACACGUGCAAGGCCGGGGAGGGGUGCCACGUGGGGUCAGCCCUGGCAGUAGGUGUUGGGGGACUGAAGGUGAUGGCGCCUCUGCAGGUCGGAGGAAUGGCCCACGCCCCUCCCCGCCACCUGGACCACGGUUGGCCCGCUCCCAUCACCACCAACGCCUUCCACGGCUGCAUCAGAAAACUGCGUGUCAACGGCGAGCUGCGUGAUCUGGGCGAGGAGGUGCUGAGUGAUGGCAGCUGGUCGGGCUGUGCUGGCUACAACACCUGCCUGGCCGCUGGUCACACCUGUCCUCACAACUCCAGGUGUGUGGAGGAGACCGGGUGUGAGUGUGAGCCGGGCUGGACGGGACCGGCGUGCAGUCAGCCGUCCGGACCUGCUUCAUUUUCCGCCAACAGCUACAUCAAAAUGGCUCUCUCGUCGUCGCCUCCCACCACCACCACCUCCCUACAGCUGCGUUUCCGCACGUGGGAAGCCUCGGGUCAGCUCCUGGCCGUGACGUCCCACCACGGGCGAGAUCAGAUGGUGCUUCACCUGACUGGUGGCCACCUGUGUGUCCAGCUGGCGCUACACCCUCGCCCCAAGGCCACGCUGUGCCUCUCCCGCACACACCUGAGCGACGGCAGGUGGCACAGCGUCACGGCCAGCAGGUACGGGGAGUGGCUGGAGCUGCAGGCAGACGAGGGCGAUGGUCCGCUGUACAACACUACGCCCACGCCCGCCUCCCUCAGGGGCUGGACGGCGCCCCUGCUGGUGGACCGACACGAAGGGGUCCACGUGGGCGGGUCUCCUGAGUACGUGGGCGUUAGUCUUCACGCCGUACACAGCGACUUCAGUGACGGAUGUCUGGAUGACCUAAGGGUGUCCGGGACCACCUUGCCUCUGCCCCCCCGCGUCAACGUCACCCCGUUGGCCGAGGUCACCAUGUACACCAACGUGCACGCCUCCUGCCUCGCCCCCCCUGCAUGCGCCAACGUUACCUGCUCAGAACCCCUCACCUGCGUCGACGUCUGGCGGAGACACAAGUGUGGGUGCGGAGAGGGCGCGGCGCUGGUGCGGGAGACAGGCACCUGCAGGGACGUAAAUGAGUGUAUGUGGUCACCCUGCUUCAACGGAGGCACCUGCAUCAACCACGAGCCCGGCUACCUGUGCCUAUGCCCCGAGCCAUUCACCGGUGAGCACUGUGCCGUGUCAGUCACCAAGUACCCGGCCCUCACCCUCUCCUUCAGUGCCCUCGUCCUCCUCCUCGUCUGUUCCUGUGUCAUCUUGGGCCUUGUCCUGGCAGUGUAUGUGAUUUGUCAGCAACGCAGAAGAAAAUCACGUGGAACUAGCCAGCCAUCUGAUGUGCAGAAAUGUCCCAAGACUCGGCAAGACCAGGAUUCCCGUGCUGUAGGUUCCCAAGGAAGGGAUGACUUAACGACCAAGACUGUCACGGACCAGCACAACCCUCCCUCUAAAAGCACUGAAGCUAAGAGCAGCAGUACGAAGGCAACGAAGAAGGGUAAGCCCGGGACAGGAGGUGAUGGGGGCUGCGGCUGCCCCCACCUGCCAUCCCUAGACGACCUUCGCUACUACGCCUACGAAGGGGAUGGCAGCUCUCCAGGCUCCCUCUCCUCGUGCUGCUCUGGUCAGGGUGCUGACGGCAUAGAGGAGGCAAAACUCAUUGGUGGCUUCCAGGAUGUGGCUACACUACUUAAUUGCCUGACAGGACAGUCUUCAACCCAGUCACCAGCAAGGCGCCAUUCCAAGCAGCACAAGCCCGAAGAGCCUCGCCAAACUCUUACGCCCUUUAAUAUAUCAAGCAGCAAGACAGAUGGUGCCCUCACUUCCCCUUCAAAGGCUCCUAAAGAGGGUGCCGACGAAGGCCACACAGUUCCAGUGAUCACAAACUAUGACACAGGAAUACAUGCCAGUCUCAUAUACAGAAAGUGUAACUCCCUUCCGAGAGCUCGAGCCCCAAAAAUAUUUGUCAAUAACCUCCAUAACUUCAGCAGAAGCCCAGAAAGAAAUGUCAUCUCACCAGGCAAAAAUGAUGCUACGCCUUCUGCCGGUGACAAAUGUGCCACUGAUGAGUGCCAAAGGGAUCAUAAGUGUUGUAAUACAAUAAUAGCACCUUCGUCCGGUAGCGAUGACUUGCCUUUAGCACGGGCGGGCACGAUGUGUGUGGCCUGCAACACUACAGCCCACCACUGUCAACAUGGAAGAGUGCCAAGGAGGAGUAAAUCCUUUUCUACAGUGUCUUACAUUGCUAGUCCAGGAGGAGGAUGCCCAUGUACCAUUGCCUGUUCCCCACCAGGACCCCUGUGCAGUGUCAGUGCAAGUAAGCCAAAGAACUGUGUGGCGCCUGAUCAAAACCCACCAUUAACCUCAAGCUGCUCCUAUACUACCAACACAACACCUGUGGUCUUCAGCAAGACCAGUAAAACUUAUAACAGCAAGGAGCUUUUCCUCUUGUGACGGAAUUCUAAGGUUCAUGUCUUCCUGGGGUGAGGCAGAGGCGCACAACCUGCCCUGACUCGUCUUGCCACCGACUUCUUGUUUGGUCAAUGAAAAAUUUAGCUUGUCGCCAUGGACUUAAAAUGUAUUUUAUACGAAUACAAAAUGUGAUCAUAUAUUAAUACCUUGUGUAUAUAUGAAUAUAUUUUUUUCUACAACGUUAAAAUGCAAGUGAGUUAAGUCAAAAUAGUAUGUACCGAGAAGCAGGGAAUAUUUUCUCACUUCCUUUUUACUAACACAUCCAUAUUUUUGUUUAAAUGAUCCACGGAGUGUACUGUAACUCGCUUAUAUCUCAAGACAGAGUGAAUAAAUCUACAAAGUACUUUUAUUCUUUUUUUUAAGCUUUUUAUGAUAAAGCAUUUGACUUUAAAAUAAACUUCAAAUGUCAUGCAGACUCGAGAGGAGAGGUGUAGAUACACUGUAUAGUACAUAAAGGCCUUGGAAAACACAUAUAGACAGAUAGCACAGCAAUCACUAGGGAGCGAGAAAACUUCAGUUGAGAAAAAUGUUUGGUAAGGUGACAUAUCUAAAUUCAUUUGAACGGUUUGCUUUUUAGUGGAAUAACAUAGGAAUCAAGAUAGAUGGUGAAUACCCUAACCACCUUAGGUUUGCAGAUGACAGCCUUACUAGGUGUUUCUAAGACAGCUUACAAAUAUUGAUUGAAAAACUAGUCUGAAAAUGGGUCUGAAGAGGAAUAUAAAGAAAACGAAGGUAAUGUUUGCCUACCAGUUGGCAUGACAAAUAAUGAUCAAGAAUGAAGCACUUCAGAGUAUAACACAUAUAGCUUGGACAAACAAUUUGUGCAAUGCCACAAAAAAAUAAAAUCAGAAAAGAAUUGAAAUGGUAUAGUGUGUUUUUGAUGAGCCCCUUGGUUACCGAGCCAGCAACCAAAAGUAAACAAAAUGUUUCCUGCCGCACCGACUGCCCACGCUCUCGUCCGCAUCGUAUGUGGUGUGUUCCAAUCACUGAUCUCUUAAUAUAUUAGAGAUCAACGGUUUCAACUCAUUCCCACACCUGCCCUAUGUUAUCUAUUUUUGUUUUCUAUGAGAUAAACCCCCACAAGAUAUCAUUAGUAAAAACAAUGGUGGAGUAUUUUUUUUACUUGAAUUUAAAUAUGUUAGGGUACACUAAAACAUUCAUACUCAGUUAAUAUAUUAAAUAUAUUAGCCUGAAAAUCUCAGCAUUUAUAGAAUAAUGAAAUAUUUAUUUACCUUGCUAUGGAUGAUGAUGUCAUGCAAAAAUUUGAUGGUCUUGUGUGGCCAAAAGGUGGAUAGGUGUAGAAUAGCCUACUCUGCACCCAGUACCUUGUGGGCGCAUCAAGCUGUGACACACACGUGUCACAAAACACACAUUCAGUAACUAAGGGGUUAACAGUAGUAUCACUACCACUCUUCCUGAAGAGAAAGGUGCACAAUCAGUACAUCGCCAAGCCUAACAUACACUUCAGAAACCUGGUGCCUAUAGCAGAUCUAGAAAGCUGAAAAGAGCACAAAGAGGACUAGAGAAAAGUACUGGGCACAUAAUGGAGAGAUUCACAGCGAACAUUUAGAUUUAAGAAAAAGACAAAGGUUGGUGAUCAUGAUGAUUAAGAAAAAAAAUAAGCUUGUGCAAGUCAUGUCAUGUGUAAAACUGAUCACAAAUGGAACAAUAAAAGAGUGGCAAUCCAAGCAUUGUUGAAGUCAUGGCAGAAAGAGAAUGAUAGAAAUGAAAUUACAGCAUUUUUCCAGGGCAAAAAAGUGCAUAAACAUCAGACGUGAAGAUGUUGGGAAAGACCAUCUUCCAGCAGACUAAUAGUGACUGGUGAUGAUGACCUUCAAACACUCAAUUCAUUUUUUGUCUUUGUAGUUGACAUUCAUUUAAACAGUGGGGCAUUAACCCAUUGACUGCAGAUUUCCUGCAAGAAGACCUCACCAAGCUACAGGAAUGGAUCAAAAAGUGACUGCUACAAUUCAAUGAAGAAAAAUGAUAAGUCCUGCACCUUGGGAGGGGAUAUCCAGCACACCAUUACCACAUGUUAAACACUCCGCUAUCCUCCACAGAGGCAAAGAAAGACAUGGGAGUAUAUGUUAACAGGCUACCAGUGAAGGCCAAAGUCGUUCUAAUCGCAGCAGACGGGUUAAAAAGGAAUCUUGAGAAUGGUGAAAGCUGAACCUUUCAAAAUAUUAUACAUAAAACACAUACACAUACACACACACACACACACACACACACACAUAUUAUUCAAUAACUGCCUUAGUAAAACAUGCAGUGCAUACUUGAAUACUCAGAGUAAGAGGAUUUAAGGCAGCAAUAUCCAAAGAAAUGAUAUUUCCAAAAAAUUACCAACAUGGUAUAUCACAAAUCUAGAUUUUUUUGUAAUUCAACAAUACCCAGUAACACCAGGGUAUGUGUUCUUUCUAAUUUUCAUAUAAUCAGAACUUACUAACCAACAAACUCAAAUUCAUACACUAAGGGAGAGAAAGAGUAACAGAACUGAACCAAGACUGAAAGACGUAAAUUCUUGGUUGGGCCUGGUGGUCAGACCAAGCCCAUCAUGGCGCAGGCAAGUGUUUAUAGUGGCACCAUCUAUUCUUGGCUCAUGCUGCCCCCUGGAGCUCGUUCUUAAUUCACUUGGGCGAUUUUUCUAGAGUCCGGGUUGACAAGUAGUCUUCAGGACAGGAUGUGGGUAGUCUUAGGCCACACAGCAGUGACUAAAAAAUCCAAGGUGGUCACGGCAGAUUCGAACCUGCAUUGUUAACCGCACACUAACCACUCAGCCACAGCCUCCCCAAUCAGGUGUUUAGGAUCCUUGCCAAAUGUGUAUGUUUUCAUACUGUUAAAAACACUCUUGAUGUUAACAACACCCUUAAAUUCCCAUACAGUAAAGCCAUGCUUAAACAAAUCAUGCUGUAAUGUACUUUUCAUUUAGUAGACAAGUUAUACCCUGCCACGUGAGACAUAACACCAAGCAAUUUGAACCAAGUCACUGGAGUAAUGAAUGAUAAAAAGAAACUCAGUCAUGCUUUCUUGCUAUGCUUUUCUCAGCAUAGAUUCUGGAGAGCAAGUCAGCUGGGUCAUAUACAAGUUGUUUAAGAGCUGUCUCCUCCAGGAGCACAGUUUAGGCUCACUAUGAGAGGAUUGCAACAUUUGGGGUUACUUAGCAACAAAAGGAUAUAUGCUAAGCCAUGCUAACCACCAGUAACAUGACUCAUGUACAUACACAGCUUGAUCACAAAUAAAAUAUGUAUGCCAAAGCACAACUAUGUGAACGUGCUGCUCCAUAGCAAAUAUCUCCAGGAACUGGCAAAUUCAAUAUUCGUCAAUUCACAGAUUCAAAGAGUGCCCCAUGAACAUUACUAGUGGGCAACUUGAGAAUUCUUGGGCUACCACAUGGAAGCAUGUGCAUUGCAGUAGUAGUAUUUAUAGUAGUAUAUAUUAAUUGAUGGUUAUCAUGUGUUCAGGUAUCAAAAUAAUCAGAAGGGUAACAGGGCAAUUUUAGUCGCAUGACUUCAAGAACACUGGGGGAGAAACAUUGAAUGUUUACCAGUUUUGCAAAGUAGCAGGAGCCUCUACCUCUUGCCACUGUGAAUGUAGGGGGAUGAUUAUUGUUUGAUUAUCUGUCAUGGUCUAUAUACAAAAACACUCUUGUCUGCAUGUAUAUUUAGCUUUAUUCCGUUACAUUUACAUGUAACAGACAGUCAGUUUCUAUCAUUUGACAAUAUACACCCAAUCCAUCCAGUACAAUGAAGGUUUCCUAAAGUCUGUCUUCACUGCUUAUUCAGUCCAUACUUUUCCUUACCCCUUACCCUCAACACACACAAAAGAAGUGCAACAAAAUACAUCACAAAGAGAAAACCAUUAAUGAAAAAUCACCCUAGGGAGUAUCAACAAGGAUGUCAUCACUGCAUGCAUGAGGCAGGCCUUUUCAUGAUAUCAAUAAUUAUCGCAAUUUUUUUCACGUCUUUCAUUUCUUAGGUUUCUGAUCCAUCAUAUUUGAAUUCUCAGCCAGAAAACUUAGGUGUUCAUAUUCUAUCUAUGGCUGAAAUGCCAUAAGUACACAGUUGUCAGUAAGCAACAUCCUGCAGUAAGUACAAGGACAAAGACAAAGGGACAUGAUAGCAUGAUACUCCCUACCUGUUGUGUUAACUUUCACAAAUAUGUUGAACAAGACUCCAUCAAAUGAGUCUGCUAAUAUUCCUAGCCUCAAUGCACCUCAUUCUUCUUCAGGCAAGAGACAGCUGUUGUAAUAUAUGCAGUUCACUACAACAGGAAAAUAGGCAUUAACCUUUCAGGUCUUGAAACAAUACUGCAGUAUAAAAGUCCUGAAAAGUCCAAUUCUCAAAUAUCACCUGAAAACCUUUUCCUUCUUCAGCCACCUAAAAUUUCCCAAGAUGUAUGUCUGACAACACUUCCAGUGACACCUAAAGCAUUGUGAUGACAUGCUGCUAUAGUAGUUAUCUUCUACAAAGCUUUUGAACUGCUGAGUGUAUUCAUUUUGCCAUAUAUGAAAUUGAGGAACAUAUGCCACAUUGCUGUAACAGUGCUAGGUGAGGGUGCAUGCAGGUAACAGCAAAGUGUUUACCUGAAAAAUUUUACGUUCACAGCAAUAUUUUGAACUAUAUUGGGAUACUGAAGGAAAUACUAUCAUUCCUAAGAAAAAAAGUGUGUGUGUGUGUGUGUGUGUGUGUGUGUGUGUGU